UUCAAUGGAUAAGUCAUGGAUCACAAAGCCACGAAACUCAAUAGAGUAUGAGCGAGGGGUUAGGAGGUUUAUUGAUUUUGCCUUCGAAAAUAGUUUAGCUGAAGCAACUGUAUGCCCUUGUUUGAAGUGCGGUUUUAGAAAAAAAGUGACAAAGGGUGAGAUGUACGAUCACUUGAUAUGUACCCAAUUCCCGAAAGAAUAUACACUUUGGUUUUAUCACGGAGAGACUGAGGUAGGGGAUCCCAGUAGUAACGUCUCAAAUAGUGAUGCUUCAAAUGCUUUUGAUGAUUUUAAUCAAGAUUCUAUUCAUGACAUGCUUGGAGAUGCUUUUGGAACUGAUAUGCACUGGGCAAAUGAAGUCUCAUUAGAGUCAGAUGAAGACAUUGAUGGAGUUGAAAGAGUGAUGCCAGAUGUAGCUGAUGCAGCGGAGUUUGAAGAAUUAGCAAGUCAUGCAGAACUACCUUUGUAUGAAGGGUGUACAAGAUAUUCAAGAUUGUCCUUUUUGGUGAAGAUGUAUCAUAUUAAGUGUAUAUGUGGGAUGACUGACAAGGCAAUGUCGAUGAUAUUUGAACUCUUACAUGAUGCAUUUGAACAUGCAAAGAUUCCGAGUUCAUUUUAUGAAGCAAAGAAAACUAUCUUGAAGCUUGGUAUGAAUUAUGAGAAGAUACAUGCAUGCCCGAACAAUUGCAUGCUGUAUUGGGGUGAAGACAAGGAGAAAGAAAUGUGUAAAGUUUGCAACAGGUCUAGAUGGAAACUAGAUACAAAGGGUGGUGAGAUUCAAGAAUCAAAUGAUGGGAAUAUUAGGAAGAAGGUGCCUGCUAAAGUUCUUCGUUACUUUCCACUAAAACCUCGUUUGCAAAGGUUAUUUUUGUCUUCAAAGACAGCCGAGGCCAUGAGAUGGCAUGAUGUUGCUCCUAAGGAAGAUGGUGUAAUGACGCAUCCUAGAGAUUCAGAAGCUUGGAAGAUGUUUGAUUUAAAAAACACUUCAUUCGCAGAGGAUCCACGAAAUAUACGUUUGGCAUUAGCUACUGAUGGUAUUAAUCCCUAUCGUAGUAUGAAUGCAAAUUCUAGUACCUGGCCAGUUAUUCUCAUUCCUUACAACACUCCUCCUUGGAUUUGUAUGAAGCGGACGUCUUUUAUUCUUUCAAUGAUAAUUCCUGGAAAAAAGAUGCCAGGAAACAAUAUAGAUGUCUACUUACAACCGUUGAUCAAAGAGCUAAAAGAGUUAUGGAAUGAGGGCGUGGAUGCAUAUGAUUCUUUUGAGAAAAAGGCGUUCAAAUUGCAUGCAGCGUUGAUGUGGACUAUAAGUGACUUUCCUGGGUUAGGAAUUCUCUCCGGGUGGAACACGUACACUGGACUUGCUUGUCCAUCUUGUAACUUCGACUCUGUUCCUUUUCAACUUCCUCAUAGUAGAAAAUCAUGUUUCAUAGGACAUCGUCGUUUUCUUAAUCAAAGGCAUCGGUUUAGAUUGAAUAGGGUUCGAUUUAAUGGAGAGCAAGAAUUUCGCAAUCCACCGAAGAGGUUAUCUGGUCUUGAUAUACUUGAGCAAGUCAAGGACAUCAAUGUCACAUUUGGUAGAAAAGAAGAGGCAAAAGUUAGGGGAAAAAGAAGACGUGGUGAGCGUGCUGCAGAAGGUGCUAAGCAGUGGAGGAAGAAAAGCAUUUUUUUUGAACUUCCCUAUUGGAAGUAUAACCUAUUGCGUCACAAUCUUGAUGUGAUGCAUAUAGAAAAAAAUGUAUGUGAUAAUGUGAUAUACACGUUGCUAAAUGACAGCACCAAGUCAAAAGACCACCUCAAUGCUCGAAAAGAUCUUAAAGCUUUAGGCUGUAAACAAGAUCUUUGCCCAGAUGAGAAUGGAAAGUACGCUCCAGCUAUCUUUACACUGACUAAUAAAGGCAAGAAGGCUUUUCUGUCAACUUUAAAAAAUAUUAGUGUGCCAGACGGGUAUUCAAGUAACAUAUCUAGGUGCAUUGAUGUUGACAACCUUAAGAUCAAUGGGAUGCUAAAAAGCCAUGAUAAUCACAUAUUAAUGCAACAAUUGCUACCAUUAGCCAUGCGAACGAGAAGUUAUGUGAAAAAAGAUUGA